UUGAAACGAUUGGGUGUAUGUUUAGAAAAAUAAAAAAUAUGUGCAGUAAAUUGAAGUUUACGUUUACGUUGAAGUGUCGAAGUAGUCGGCCUGAGAAAGAUAAGAGCUGAGCUACGAGUCUAAGACGACGCUGGUACCGUAGACCAACGACGGCGGCCGCCGCCACUGUCCUUCUCGGUCGUCUCCGAACACCGCCUCCAUGGCGCCUCUGAGUCCUGAUAUGCCGGCAGAGUACCUCUGCCCCAUCUCUCGCUCCCUAAUGGGCGACCCCGUUGUCGUCCAUCCUUCCGGCCACACCUUCGAGCGCAGCUGCAUCCAGGCCUGCGCUGACCUCGGAUACGCCGUUCCCGGCCUCGGACUCCCUCUGUUUCCCCUCUCCGAUUUCACCCCGAACGGCGCCCUCAAGCUCACAAUCCGCCAAUGGUGCCACCGCUCCGGUUUCCGCCCUCCUCUCCCCCUUCCCUAUGACGCCGCCGUCAUCCUCGUCCGCCGACUCAUGGCACACUCGCCUCCUCCUCCUCCUUCUCGUGCUUAUUCUGCGGAUGGGAGGUGGAUCCGAAGAGACGAUGUGUUGAGCAGAUUCGCCGAGUUCUCCUUGGAGGAGGAGGAAGAAGAAGAGGAAGAAGGCAGGGGAAAGGGUUUCAGAUCAUCGGCGGCGGAUUACGGCGGAUACUGGCAGGAAAGGGAGCUUCCGCAGCCUUCUUCAGUGUUCUCCGAUGACAAAGAUGGAAGCUUUCUCUCGAAAUCGACUAGCUCGGAGCAGAAAUUGGAGGCGGCCGCGGCGAGUCCCAGUGCUCCUGCUCCCCACUCUGUUCGCAGGAGGAAGCAGCAUUCCCAUCGCCAUUCGAGCUCGUCCGCGUCCUCCAGUUCCUCCAAUGGGACUUUCUUCGAGGAAGACUCCGACAAAUUUUCUCCGUCGCCAUCCCAAGUUGUCAUGAACUCGCCGGCCACUGAUAUUCCCCCGCCUCUGGCCUACGAGAUCGACGUUCCGGUGGAGAUGAUAGAGAUCUAUUUGACAGGAACGGAGGUCUCCGAGCACGAAGUUGCUUUGGUGUCGCUCCGGCGAGCCACGAGGGAGAGCGGGGACCACCGGAUCAGACUCUGCACGCCGCACAUCCUUGCCGCCCUUCGCCCUAUGCUCCUCUCCCAGAGGGCUGCCGUACAGAUCAACGCCACGGUCGCAUUGCUGAACCUGUCCGUGGAGCCGGCGAAUAAGAUUUUGAUCGCGACUUCGGGCGUGGUGUCGCCGAUCGUGGAGGUGCUCAAGGACGGAGACGCGGAAGCACGCGACCACGCCGCUGCCGCCCUCUUCAGCCUCACCCUUGAGGAGAAGAACCGCCCGACGAUCGGCGUACUCGGAGCCAUCCCACCGCUGCUCCACUACUUUUACAAGCCCAACGCCCGCGGUAACGACGGCCGGCGAGACGCGGGGACGGCGCUGCACUACCUUUCUCUCGUCGGCGAUAAUUGCUCAAAGAUCGCGCGAGCUCCGGGGGCGGUGCGAGCGUUGCUCUCGGUGGCGUCGAAGAAAGAGGAGGCGCCGCCGUCGCCGCGUCCGUCUCUGGAAAGGCUAGCGAUGAUGGUGAUAUGCAACCUAGCGGGCAACAAAGAGGGGCGGCCAGCUCUGAUGGAUGGCGGGGCGGUGGCGGCGAUGGCGGCACUGAUGCGAUCUCCGUCACGAGAAGCACUCCAGGAGUACUGCGUGGCGGGGCUCUACGGUAUGAGCAAAAACAUCCUCCGGUUCCGACGUCUGGCGAGGGAAACAGGGGCCGAGUUGGAGCUGAUGCGGGUGGCAGAGGACAGCGUAGGAGGCGGCGGCGGCAUGCGGCAGAAGAUAGCCAAGAAGAUGCUACGGGCGAUGAAUCCAGAGGACGACGACGAGGUGGCUCCGCCGUCACUUCUCCAGGCGGAGGACGGCGACAACAUAGUGACGGAAGGAAUGAUGUCAUUUGGCCGGCGACCCCACCACCACGGCAACUCGCGAUCCAACACGGCGAACUUUUGACCGAAU